UUGAAACACCCUGGCCCAAAAUUGUGCCCAUCCCAGAUUUGCACGCCCGACAAGUAAGGUUACACCUGAAUGAAAAGAAGAGAGUCAAGAGGCCAUGGAUUUUUCCUCCAACCUUGCCGAAUGCCGAGUGCUUCAACUCUGAACGAAUUCGUCGUUCAGUGUACAAAGUGCAGGUCUCUGCUCUUCCUCACAUAUCAGCCGGCCUGCAAGGUGCUCGGCAGAAUGCCGCGCAGGACUGGGUGCAAGGCUGGAGGCAGAAGUGGUUCAAGAGCAGGCGCACCAUCUGCUCGACAGAAUGCGUGGGAGGAACAAGGCACGCCAGGUACAGAGAGGACCGAUGCAACUAGAACAGUAUUUCACUUAACUGGUUUGAUGUCAUUUUCUCAGGAAAAGAAAAAUUGCUCAGGUUCCUGCAAUGCACCAUCCUUACAAAGCAGAUGAGUAGAAGGCAAGAAUAAAGAAGUUAAUUGUGGAGGAAGCAACGAAGAGAUGUUUGGUACAUGCAGUGGUGAAGCUUGAGCCGAAAUGACUCAGGUGUCACUUCAUUAUACAUCUAACAAUAACACAAAUUCAUAUCAAUGAUAUGAGCAGUUUGCUAAUAAAGUUUUUCUUCAUCCUGGUGCCAAUGCACCACCCUAGAUCAACAUAGUUUCGGCCCUGCGUACAUGUACAGUUCAUCGCAUUUGUCUUGUUUCUCCAAUUGUGGGAAAAGGCUGGAAUGAGUGCUUCGGUGAAACUUGCUUUGAGACCAUGGCAUUUUUGCCACAAAUGGCAGCGCGACGGAGCUAGCAGGGGGGUAGGGGGAGCCAUGGCCCCCUAAUGCUUUAUGUACACCAUUAUGUACACAUGUAUUUGCUAUGGAAAUAAGAUAGUAAGUUAAUAUUUGCACCCUUUACAUUGAAAUGUGUUACCAGUUGGCCUCUUCUAGCUCCGUCCCUGGGCAACGGUGCAUCUUCUUUGCCAAAGGCCUUCGGCUUACUGCUUCUCUUUAUGCUCUUCACC